GCAGUGUACUUUCAUUCCUAAAAAUUGAUAGUCGAUAGAGGUAAAAUUCGAAAUUGUGGUUUGAAUGUAGUUUGAGUAGUUGGCUAGUAGAUACAUUGAAAAAUCCCAUUGCAAUAAACAAUUAUCUGUGAUACGGUUGCACUUCGUAUUUUUCAACGAGAAUGUUGGAAACUACUAUUUACUGUUUGUGGUAUGUGUAACGGUUGGCACACGUUAGUAUUCGUGACACUUAAUAGGAAUUUGUACUAUUAAUUUCGAGUACAGAUUGUCAUCGCGUAGAAAAUAGUAGAAGCAUGAAGAAUCAAGCGCGUAUUACAAAUAUCCCAUCCAAUAACAACGAUCAUCAAGUUAACUACUGAUCGAUAAUUCGUCGGAUAACAUCAUGGCCGAAAACGAUACUUACAUAAACCAAGAUAGGACAUCAUCGAAUCUGACACUUCAUACAAUGGAUUCAAAUUUAUCACAUUUAAACGUAAUAAAUAUCACAACGGAAAUGCCUAUUACGUACGCUAUACCGUUAUAUGGUUACCUAAUGCCCAUCUUACUGAUAAUAACCAUUGUUGCUAAUACGUUGAUUGUAAUAGUAUUGAGUAGAAGGCAUAUGCGUAGUCCUACCAAUGUUGUACUAAUGGCUAUGGCACUGUGCGAUAUGUUCACCUUAUUAGUUCCGUCACCUUGGUUGAUCUACAUGUACACUUUAGGAAACCACUACAGACCCCUAUAUCCAGCUGGACUAUGUUACGCAUGGAGCUAUAUGCAUGAGAUUAUUCCGUGCAUUUUUCAUACAUCGAGUAUAUGGUUAACACUUGGUUUAGCAAUACAGAGAUAUAUCUACGUUUGUCAUGCACCGCUCGCAAGAAAAUUCUGCACAUUACCGAACGUAUACAAAAGCGUUGCUGGUGUUCUAAUUGUAGCAACUCUGCAUCAAGUACUCAGAUUUGUUGAUACGGAAUAUACUACAGUUAACAUCACUUGGAACAACAUUACCACUCCAAUAUGUAUUAGAAGACGAGCCGAAUGGAUAAACGAAUAUCUUAAUGAAGACAUUUAUUUUGUAACUUAUUUCAUGUUCCGGAUAUUAUUCGUCCAUUUGCUUCCCUGCAUAUCCUUAGUAAUACUAAACCUACUCUUAUUUAAAGCCCUAAGAGAAGCUCAGAAGAGGAGAGACAUCCUAUUAUCAUCCAAAAAAAAUCAAAAGAAUGAAUGUAAAAAAUUAAGAGAUUCGAAUUGUACAACGCUCAUGCUUAUAGUAGUUGUAACCGUAUUUCUUGUUGUGGAAAUACCAUUAGUAGUUGUUACUAUCUUACACAUAAUAUCUAGUACAGUUUUCGAAUUUCUAGACUACGAUGUUGCGAACACAUUAAUUUUAUUCACAAAUUUUUUCAUCAUAUUAAGUUACCCAAUUAAUUUCGCCAUAUACUGUGGCAUGUCUAGACAAUUUAGAGAAACUUUCAAAGACAUUUUUAUCAAAGAUAUUGGAAACGCCAGAAACGGUUCUUCCAAGUACUCCAUUGUGAAUGGCCCUAGAACUUGUACUAACGAAACUGUUUUGUAAAAAAAUUGGAAACUCAAAAAAUGAAAAUGUAUGACGCUUAAUAAAUUGGAUUUAACUAUA